CACCUACCUAAGUACCUAGUAUUCAUAACAUAUCUCAUUCAAUACAGCAUACAUUAUAUCAUUCCAACGUUAAUUUUCCUAUUGCUAUUUUAUUAUCUAUCUUAUAUAUUGGGUCCUUAUUAUAAUUAAAACAAUGUUGUUAAAGCCUUCGCCGUCGUUCGUGCCUCUUCCGACCGGGAUAACCCGGACAGAACUGAUGUCUAAAAUUGAAAUAUAUCAUCCUGGAUAUUCACAACCAACGUGUUUAGCAUCUUUUAACGCGUCAGAUCCGGGUGGCUUAUACUAUUUAUUAGUAUACUGGGCUUGCUGUAUUAUUGCAGAUAAUAUUUGGGAAGACGAUGAAGGGUUUGGGGAGAACGGUGAGAUAACAGGGCCUUAUCUAUCGAAGUCAUCUUCACCAGGCAAUCCGCUAUCACGAACUGAACUAUUACCUAUUGGGAGAUAUUACUUCCACGUUCCUGGAUAUACGAACGACCCGCCGUUUCCCAUCUCCUGCAAUUUCGAUAACUGGGAAUUUCCCGAUAAGCUGCCGUUGCCUUGGGAACAAUUAAGAACCAGUAUCGACUCAUUUGCCGACCAGAGUGACUCUCAUUCUGCAUACGAUUCAGACCUACAACCUUGUUGCAUCACAGCCGGCUUGACAUCGCUUGAAAAGUGUCAUGUCAUGCCUCCAAGCACAAAACGAUGGCUAAAGAACAAUGAUAUGCGCCGGUUCCUAGAUGCACAGAAAGUCAGAGCUACCCACGAUGCCCCUGGUAAUAAGAUAUUUAUUCGGAAGGAUAUUCACUUUCUCUGGGAUCAGAACCAUCUUACCAUGUUGCCUAAACUCGACUCGAGCCCCGAUACUCCCGAGUAUCGGUUAACUACGCAUGUGCUUCAUCCGCCUGGCAAAUCCGCCGAUUCCGAUAUGGAGAUUCUCGCGCUAUAUCAGAAUAUACCAUGCUUGCCCCUUCGCAAAGUUCCCAUCGAGUUUCUUUUCGCUCGCUUUGCUUGGUCCAUUUUCACCAAUUUCGUCAUCAUGCUUUUUAACGACGAUGACGACGAAGGCGUAUAUUCCAUCAGUCUUAGGACACCCAAUGGACGAGUUGCCAAGCAAUUAUCUGUGCAUGAAAUACCACCACUAUUUUCUAAGGCAACCGGUACACGAGGAGCCUCUACGUCCGCCUGGGCAGGUCAAAAAAGAGGUUUUGACGAAGUGACUCACGAUGAUGCUGCGAACCUAUUAUACUCAUUCCAAACUGGCCAAAUGGAGCCAGUACUUGAUGAGCAUGAGCCCGGCGACCGGUGGAGCGAUUACUUCUCAGACGAUGAGCGACCUUACAAACGGUCACGGUCAUGUUCUAGCGAUACCGACGAUGGGACCGACGAUGCGGACGAUGAGAGUGAGGGUGAGGGCGAGGGCGAGGGCGAAAAUGGAGACAGUAGCGACGAUACCGCGGGCCGGUUUUCUUCGUUACCUUUGAAUGGGAACGUAAAGAAUAACGUAUAUGUGCACCACGAUGACACGCACGACGACCGGUCCUCUUCUGGAACGAGCUCGCCGGGUGAGCUUUGGCCUGACCAUGCACCUCGACACUUUUCACCUGUAUCGGGUAACGCGCGUGCUAGAAACGCACAAAUAGAUUCUAAGUUGUAUUGAGCUGAUCUGGCAUCGGUUUCUUAUGGGAUGUUCGGUUCGGGAUACCUGGUGGGUCGGGAAUGGUUUUCAAGUGAGCAUAUAUCAUGAUAAAUAUUCGGGAUAUUAAAUUAGCGUCAUUCGUUACAAUUAAUCGUUGCUGUCGGGAGGGCCGGGUUAUGAUAUUGAUGCUAUACCUUAGAGCGAUAAAGCAAGCCAAUGAGAAAACGUGGUG